UCCCCUGACGAACAACGUGCACGCAUGCUUUCGUUGACCGACGAUGAAAUAUCUCAUAAAGAUAUCUUUGUAUCGUCUCAAGUGUUACGUGCUGUGAUAUGUUACUCGUAGAUCGUUCGCGUGUUAUCUAUGUGGGGAAGUGCAGUGCUGUGAGGUAGGUACCUUACCAGGUAGUAGUACACUACAUAGGUUACUGGAAACGUUGUAACCAAAUGAAAUUAACGACGUGACCUCAGUGACAAUGUUCUCCAAUGUAUUGAACGUUACUCUUAUGAGAAAGUUCAGUUGAAAAAGACCAAAAGUGAACACGUAACGUUCAGUUUAAGUUGCAUAUGUCGGGGGUGAAUAAGUGCCCGCGUGGAUUUGUUUACGACGACGACGACGACAACAACAAGUAACGUAGGCGAAAGCUAAUGUCUGGAAUGAAUAAAGGCUCCAAACACCUAUAAGCCGCAUCUCUAAUAGCGUUACCUCAUUAACUGUUCGAUUUCUAACGAGCCCAAGUACAAUGCACUAUCGAUUGGAGAGCUUGUUGCUUAAUUAUUAUCUUGCCAUGUCUGUGUAGUUGAUGAAUGGCUACUUCGAGACAACAAGAGAAGCUACCUAAUAGCUUUUCAUAGGCCAGUGCCAUAUGAGCGCUCCCGCUAUCCGUGAUCUCUGACGAGUGUACUAUAAAAAAGUGUUAUAGAUUUACGAGCGUCGAUUGUGCAAUCGUAUGUUUAGGAAAACGUGAAGGUCGUCAUUGGAGGGAAAUCAUCAGCUCCCGUGGGUCAUGUCGUUUGGAGCGCUGCUGUUACUCUGUGUGUGCCCCUCUUCUUUGCGGGGGUUUUAGUAUCCGUCUGUCCUCGGUAUCGGUGAGCAAUUGAGUGACUGGCUGCCGCACCCUUCCUUUCGACAAUCCUAAAGAAGUUGUACGUCUGCUGACAACGAGUGCGAAAAUAAUGGUAGUCACAAGCUUAAAUACAACACGGAGCAUUUGGCUGGCCAGCCGACUUCUUCUUGCAGUGGUAACAGCCAUAGCGUAGGUGUUCGUUGGCGGCUUCUGUUCCGGUCCCAUGCGCUAACAAUAAAUGCCCUACACAGCGUUCUCUUUCUGUUUCUCCUACGGCUGCUGCUGUUUCCGCACUAAAAACACUUCUGCCCUGCGGGUGUUCCAUUAGAAGUUUGAAGCGGUGUGCGCGCGGGUGGUCUGUCGGCUUCCCUCGCUUCCUCCCUCCUUUCCUUUAUAGUUUCCCCAUAAUCCCCGACUACUAUUCUCCUCGAUCACUAUCCUAAACCUCGACGCACCUCUUUGCACUCCUAUCGUCCUACUUCGGUGUUUGAACCUAACGGCGGGCCAGUCUCCGGAUGCCUGCGGUUUUCUUGUGUGGAACUGCGCGAGAGUGCGCGUUUAGUCUUGUGUCCGUGUCAGAGCCCGACCAUGUGCGGGUUUGGUAACCACCGCGGGAACCGCUAAUAAAGACUUGGUGUUGUCGCUGUCGUCGUCGGAGUAACCACCGACUCGACAGCCGCCGACUUAGCGGUUCUGGCUACUCCCAGAAAAAAAACUGCGUCCUAAUGACUGCCAAAGAAAGAGGCUGCAUUCAGCCGCCGUGAGUGGAGCGAGUGAAAAUGAUGCGAGCCUAAGGGGAAGCCAGGCAGCCAAGACGUAAGCAUAGAAGAUAAAACGAGUAAAACAUAUUCUGAAGAGGUUGAGGAAGCAGACAACAACAGCAGCUAUUCAGGAGUGAACGAAGUGAAUUGGGCUAAGACGCAAUGAAAACGUUUCCAAACUACGAGGAGACCGGACAACAGCAGGAGUAUAGCUGCGUUAUUUGAAUGAUAUCUUAGAAGAUAAUCAAAGAGCGCCAGCAUCCUCUGGCAGUGAAACAGCUCUGCAAGGCUCAUUCAUGUCUAUGCCAAUGGUUUCGUUUGUACGCGGCAGGGCUGAGAAGCCGAAACGCCAAAUGUGGAACAAUUGUGUGUACAGUUCACUGCAUCUCAAUUUCACCUUAGCUAGCCUAAGAUAGAUUUAGGCGUGCCCGAAGAAUUUCUGGAGCUUCUCUGAAGCGACGUUAACUAUCGUGAAUAAAGCAAAUUGGUUAAUACUAAUAGUAGUAAAAGCAUAUUCCGUUCGAAAUGUCAGGCAAGGAGAGCAAAGAGCUUCUAGUCAACUCGACAAGUUCCGGUUCGGUUACCACACACACCGAUGGUACACCGGACGACAACACUCUGUCGUACCGUCCUCGAACCUGUAGUUCAUUUACGCUGGCAUCUCAGUCGAAUACUCAGACGACGACGACGACAGUUAUUACCGAAGAUAUCCUCCAAGCUUCGGCCGAUAGAGGUGGAACUGGAAUAGCUGGGUUAUCGACAGAGGGUUUGGGGACUAGUUCGAGUCUUAGAUCGGGAUCGUCAAAUCCAACGACCCUCGAGGAACAUCGGCGAUCCUUGUAUGUGGGACGCGAUUCGGCGCCACCUACAGCGACGGCUGCCAACCUAAGUAGGCGCGAAGCUGAGCAAAGAAUGGCCACGAUUCGACAACAUUAUUACCCCGAGGGUGAAUGGGGUUGGGCUGUUGCGGCGUGUGCGGCAUUUGUGAACGCAUUGACUUUUGGCCUACAACUCAACUUUUCGGCAGAAAUGCAUCAACAGAUCAUACAACGAUAUGGCAAGGAUCACUACUUCACAGCCUUUUACCCUGGUGCGCUGUCCUUGGCCACAUCAACGUUCAUCAGUCCAGUCGUCGUGGCUAUCUGCCGUCGACGAUCGCCACGGGUUGUCGCGGUCUUAGGUGGACUCCUCUCAGCAUUGGGCUGCCUUUUUACCUCAUUCGCGACGCAGUUUCAUCAAAUCUUCGUCUCGUGGUGCUUUGUGGUCGGAAUUGGAUUGGGUGUCACUCGGGAAACGGCCAACAUCGUCGUAGGUUCGUACUUCAAACGGAAACGGGAAAAUAUUGAAUUACUCUGUCUUGCAGCUACGGGCCUCGGUGUCGCUUCACUCAACCACUUUCUACAUCACGUUCUCGGCUCUUUCGGGUGGCGAUAUGGCCUGCAGGCUACGACUGGUGUGGUAUCUUUGCUCUUCAUUAUUGGAAUGCUCUAUCGGCCAGCUUCGUUAUACCAUCCGCAGAGAAGAGCUAUUGUGCAUCUCAAGAACCAGCGUCGGAAGAUCAAAGAGAAGAAUACAACGAGUCAGAAACCACCUUUGUUCGAGUUUUCGACACUUCGAACGAAAACCGUCCGCGUUCUAAUGGUCGUAUGCUUCUUUGCGUCGUUUGCUAUAUAUACGCCAUUUCUCUUCAUCGUACCAUUAGCAGUUUCGGAAGAUGGAGGCGGCUCAGUUAGUAUGGGGACGCUAGGUGACCAAUAUCUCCUCCAAACAAUUCUCGGCUUGGCGCAUACUUUUGGAACGUGCCUUUUCGGGAUGUUAAUUGUGGGAAACUCGGACGAUUGUUAUGUGGGUCGAAAAUAUUUAUCCCAGGCUGGUCUUCUAGGUUUGAGCUUCUCUUGUGCUUCCCCCAUGGCUCUGGGGGGCUUCCGUGGACUGGCCUUGCUCGCCGUCUUAAGUGGAGCUCUCUCUGGUGGCCUCGGCUAUUCGCUGAAGCUGUUAGUGUUUGAACGGCUGCGUGCAAGGCACUUCUCGAGAGCGUGGGGUUUUGUCCACUGGUCGAUGAGCGCACCCAUUCUGCUCAUUCUGCCAAUUACCCAAUACCUUUCAGGAUCGACGGCACCUUCAACCGGUGGCAUGCUCGGAAGUACUUCCGGUAGCGGGGGUUCAGCUGGGUCAAGAUUUGGCCCAGGCGGAGGUUUUUGGUGCACAGGCGAUUUGCGGGUGCCGUUCUACGUCUCAUCGGGAUGUGCCCUGUUUGCCAGCGUUGUUUUGUUUGCACUGCCUGUUUCCCACAGGGCCGCGUGUCGAAUUCUCUAUGCCGAUCCAUUCGAACGUAACGGAAGCCUAUCAAGCACCUGGCACACAUGCAGUCAGUCUGGCAACAGCAGUUUCUGCAAUAACUCUGCCUCGGCGGGAAUUGUGGCCUCAAAAAGAAACAAUGCUGGAGUUCUAGCGGGACCACUGCACGCUAACGGCAACUACUGUCCGAUGUUGGCAGCAGGCAGAGUAGGGGGUUCGGCUUGCGUUUCCGCCGCUCUUGGUAACGGAAGCUCCUGUAUGGGGUCGGCGUACAAUGGAGGCUUCCGCUACAGCCCAGUCGGCGGGUCAACGGCAUAUCUAGGCGGGAUCGACUGCGACAGCCGAGUCGAUGAAUGCGUGUCGUGCCGGGCUCAGUUGGACCGUCUGCAGCGCACGGUAUCCUGGGCAACAUCCGUGGAUCUUCUCAACGCACAAAUGAGCAACUUUGAAGAUAACGAUGAUUUCAAUGAAAUCGGAAAGCGGCCCGAAUUACUUACAUGCAUCUCGGAAGAAGGACUAGUAGAAAUGGUGGACCCGACGUUACUUUUGUCUGAGUGUUGCGAGUGUGAAAUGACCGAAGACCCGACCGGAUCACCGGACUCGCUGGUGAAAACGGGUGCCGCUUGCAGUGCCGGCGGAGGUUCAGGGGUAGGUUCCGCCAGCAGUUCCGGAGUUGGUGCAGGACCCCUCGACAGCAAACGAACGCCUCCUGGCACCUUUGGACACCUACACACGUGGCAGCCGGCGAUGACGCCCAUUGAAGAAGUCACUUCGACCGUUUAAUAAUAAAAUGUAUCCGGGGAGCAAUAGUAGCAGUGGUCCUAUUAGUAGGAAACAUCUAGUCCUAUGUCAUGAUAGCAACUAUUAUUAGUAUGUAUGAAAUGAGAUCUCGUCUGCAUAUGUGUUAGCUGUCGUUUGGACUAAGACGACUUGCGUUAUUUACUUUCAAGCCAAUGAAAACCUAUUCAGACAUAACGUAAACACAUCCAGCUAACAUCAAAUGAAAUUGUAUGCAUCGGAGGGUAAUAGCGGAGCGAACUUUUCAAUAGAACAAAGAAUCGAACGAACAAACUCGAAAAUAAAGGGCACUUCUCAGCAACGUCAUUUUUCAUACUCCAGUAAUUGGUAACGAGCUUAGGCUCGGCCUAUUCACGGCUCGUGGCCAACUUCAGACACUUGAUUGAAUAUAGUUAUCGUGUUCAACUCGUCGGCACACAAUAAAUAAUUGAAAUAAAAGGUUCCCAGGGAAAGUUUGGACCCCUGAUUUUUCAUACAAAACGGCGCAAAGCUAAUUACUUCGGAAUUAAACUUCGUUAAAGCGGCUGUGGUAAGUUAAUUGAAGCUGACAUACCGGUCCGGUUACAGGAGGCAAUAAUACAAUAAAUACACACAUUUCGCGAGCUACCAACAGGACGGCAGAACGAGAAAAGAGCAAUUUGGGAAGCAAAGCGAUUCUGUUCCUUCGGGUGAUUUUAAUGGUACCGCCCUUUUAAUGUGACAAUACUUGAUACUCUUCACAAACUUGCGAAUGAGAGGAAAAAUUGGUCUGCAUGUAGUAACGUACUGUAAUAAUGUCUAUUAUCAUAAUUAGCCAGAUUUCUAGCGGACCAAUGGGGAACUGAUACAUCGAUAAGCGCUCAUAGACAAAACCAUGACGCUUUCUGUAUCCGCAUGUGUACAAAGACUGAAUAAAUGAACGAGACGGCGUGCUUCAUCGCAGAGACGUUCUAUUGUCAUCUUUAUUUCGAAUAGGCGUACACUACGAAGGGGAAAAAGAUGCGAUUGAUUUCAAGCUUUAGAUCCCAGUCAGACGGAGAGCGCGGAUUUGCAGUUAGAGUUGUGGGCGUCGAUGAGUCAAACAAUAAUCAGCUACUAAUCAUAAUAAUAGUAGAGAAAAUAUUUCGAUAGGUUUAUGGAAUAGAGCACGCUCUCGUCAGAAAAUUCACAGUAAAAUACUACGAGGUAAGCGAGUUCAAGGCUGCAGCAGAUACAUACUCUAUGCGUACAGGUUGUCAGGGCAAAAUUGCCUCACUCUAUUAUGUAGAUGGUGAAAUUUAGAGUUAUCACAUGUCGCUCUAAUCCAUUACAAUACAGUGCAUCACAUUGUCCUAGAUUCAAUGCGAAGUCGACUUUCCCACGACAAAAGGAGGCCAACGCCUUAGACUUAAUAAAGCCAAGCUUGCUAGUUAGAUACUAUUAUAUGACCUUAGUACGACAAUGGAAAAGAAUACUGCCACUAUAAAGUAUGGCAAAGACACCAGUAGAAUAGCCGGUGUCCUUUUUUUCUAUGCAGCAUAACAACAACGACGACAACGAGGACGACGACGACGACGCCUAGAGUUGAUUCCGAAAACGUAACCAUCCUAAUGGUCAAUGAUAACGGAUGCAUAUUUUGUAGAGUUUCGACCUGUAUAGCGAUCGUUGAUAUAGGUUUCUGCUACUAUCGGAGUUACCACGUGAAAGGCACGUGUGCAACGGGCCCAGGUUGAAGUUAAGGUGACUCGGGCCGAUGCGGUAAAGGAAAGUGAGAUUCGUGCUUAUUUCCAUAGUUGUUGAUCGGACGUAACUGUUCUCUCAGGAGACUAAACGAACGGAACGUAAUAAAGAAAGGGAAGAUAGACAGCAUGCCGUAAAAAUGAUGGAUACAAGCGAACGAUUAGGUCGCUUCAAAUGAAAGCAAUAUAAGCAUGACAUGUGUUAGCAGGAAGCUGGCUAAAGUGACGAACACGAAGACAAUAGUUCAUCCGUAAAUAUGGUGGGAAAAUGGUAUUGAUGAUCUCAAUUUCAUAGUGGUCUUAUUAAGCAUUGCUUUCCGUUCCGGUAAUUUCUCCUUGAUUGGGUUCUAUACGCUCUGCCCGAGUACAUAAAACUCGACUGAUGGCCUAACUUAGAACGGGUAGCUUUUCUGUGGGACUGUUUAGGUCGUAUUAUUGACAACUCAUCUCGCCAACGAACGCUGUUUAGUUUACGUUAAAUUAUAUUGGGAUGAACAUAUUAUAAUGGCCGAAAGAGUUGCUCUCUUUAUUUGUCCACAUUAUGUUUUUAUGGGCGAUAAGUGUGAUGCGUAAAAUGUGAUAUAUUUACGAAAAUUACAAAAAAAUAAUCUCAGUUAAUUAUUAUCGGAAUAAGGAUGCAAGUGGCGACAGACACGACGAACAUAACUCUGAUGAUGUAAAAUUUUAAUAAUUAUAUAAUAAAUAAAUAAUUAUUUGUACAUAUACAA